AAGGGACCCAAUCGUUCCUAGAUCAUAGGGUCUGUAUACGAGGUUAGAAAUUAAAAACGCAUGAUUAAAAUAUCAUGCAAGCGUGAUACAUAGCUCGCUCAUAUAUCAAUAACCCACUCAACACGUAAAAGGAUAACCAUCACUUUUUCAGUUUACCUUUUUACAAUAUACGCCUUUUCAGUAUCAUGACUGUAUAACAUACUUUACGUAUAGACAUCAUUUUAAUUAAUUAUACUGAAAGCAAGUGCCGAUUUCUGCUUGCUGAAUGGGCAUAGAGCAUACAUGACAGAUGCAGCAAAGCAGUCAGAUCCAUGCGGAGUUUUUUUUUGGAUCGUUAAAACAUCAAUACGUUUUGUUCUUUGUUUUUCUUAUAAAAACUGUUUGAUAAAGAAAUACAAAGUGUGAUGGACGAGAAAUUUACCAUGCGUGAGCGCAUGUCAGGUGCAAUAAACGCCCUGAGCAUCUCACCCGAAGGAAACUUGGCAGUUGUCGCUGGACGAGAAAUUUUGAAGAUAAUCAGCAUUAGUAAAUCAGAAAUUACAGAAACAUUGAAUUUACGUGCAGGAAGUCAUUUUAAUUUGAAUUACAGCAGCAACGAUGUCAAAUGGGGAAAUAAUGCUACCAAGCAAAAAGUCGCUACAGCCGCAACAAACGGUGCCAUUAUUCUGUGGGACUUGAACAAGAUUGGACGUAAAGCAGAGCGUGUUAUUACAGAACAUUCUCGGGCAGUCAAUCGUAUAUGCUUUCAACCAGAUAAUGGCAAUAUUCUAUUAAGUGCUUCACAGGACGGUACCAUGAAAUGUUGGGAUUUUAGAGACCCCAAAAAUGGUGCAAGGUAUCGAUUUGAAGGUAAAUCAGAGUCUGUGCGUGAUGUACAAUUUAACCCUGUCAGCGUUUAUGAAUUUGCCGCUGCUUUUGAAACUGGUACGAUUCAGAAAUGGGAUAUGCGAAAUCCAAAAGCGUUGUAUGAUCGUAAGGUCAGUGCGCAUAAUGGUCCUUGUUUAACUGUCGACUGGCAUCCAAACGGAAAAUUAGUUGCAAGCGGUGGUAGAGACAAAACAAUCAAGGUUUGGGAUAUGACAGCAGAUAGCAGAAGGUCUUUAUAUAUUAUUAGAACAAUGGCUUCGGUUUCCCGAAUCCAAUGGAGACCUGGAUUUGAAAACGAAAUUGCAUCGUGCGCAUUAUUAACCGAUAGUAGAAUUCAUGUAUGGGAUAUCAGAAGACCUCAUAUUGCCAAGUACACGUUUGAUGAACAUGAUACAACACCAACAGGUUUUAUGUGGAGAAAUUCUUCUGAAUUAUUAUCCGUUUCAAAAGAUAAAUGGUUCAUUAAGCAAAAUAUAAGGGGUGCUUAUCGACCAUUUGAUUUGUUGAAGAGAAAUGGUAUGGGUUGGAAUGUACAAGGUGAUAUUUCGUUCACAAUUGACACAAGCUCGAGAGAUUUGUUUGUGGACGAAAGUUUGAUAUCAAAGCCCGUCAAUGGCUCUCCUAAAAAUUGGAAACGACUUGGCACAAAAACUGCAUCAGAAGAAGAGAUCAUCCAAUACAUUCCACCACAGAGUUGCGGCAUUGUUCAUAUGCCGUUAUUCGAUUUUGAGGCAUUUUCAAUUUUUGCAGAAAAUUACAUUAUAUCAAACGAAAAUGUAGCCGUUGCAUGUGAUAUUAACGGUGAGUUGGCUUGGAAAAUGGGUCGUUAUCGUACGGCACAGACAUGGAAGAUUAUAGCAAUGUUUUAUAGCGACGAACCUACUGAAACAGAUGGAAACGAAUCCACACACGAAAGUGUCUUUACUGACUCGGACAAAUUUACCGACGACGAAGAGGAUGAUGAAGAAGCAAUGUUUCAAAUACACGAAGAUUUGUCUGAAAACAUAUCACAGUCUUCUGAAGGUGAUAUUGAUAGUUUAAACACAGGAACAUCAUCCCAAAUCCAUACAUCCACAUCACCCUUUAACUUAAAAGUUCCUUGGAAGCAUGAGUCGGUAGUUAUGGAGCUUUUAAAUUAUUAUACAGAGCAGGGUGAUGUGCAAAUGUGUGUUACCUUGUAUUUGAUUUUGGAGAAAUACUUAAAUAUUGACAACGAUCGUAUAGAAGAUUGGUUCACAGCUUAUAUAGAACUCUUACAUAGAUUUAAACUUUGGUCUCCAGCCACUGCAAUUAUAAAAGCGUGCAAGGUUCAGAAUGUUAGAGAACGGAACGAGAACGCUACAACCAUUAAUAUAGCAUGCAAUACUUGCUUUAAACUUGUAAAUGGUACAAGUGGAGGGUCAUGGGCGUGUGAUAAAUGUCAUCGAUUAUUAAAUUCAUGUACAAUAUGUCAUCAAACUGUACGCGGAUUGUAUGUUUGGUGUCAAGGAUGUAACCAUGGUGGACAUUUAUCGCACAUGCGAGACUGGUUUGCAGUGGAAAAGCUGUGUGCUACUGGAUGUGGACAUAUAUGUGUGUUACAGCCGUUAUUAUCAACUCUUCCGUUAGAGGAAGAAAAUUAAUGCAACUUUCUUUUAUUGACUUACUCUUAUUUUAUUAUAUCCUCUCAACUUUCUUUGUUCUGUACAUAUCAUGCAAAGAUAUUUUUGAAAAAGAAAAUAUCUUUUAUUUCCCCCCCCCCCCUCUCCCACCUCUCACUUUUUUUUUCUUUUGUAUCUAGCUUGUUUAUGAAUUAAGUCGCACAUAUUGAAGCGAUAUUAUUUUAAUUAAAUAUGUUUCUUUUUUCCUGCUUUGAGCAUUAAUAAAUCGCCAAC